UCGGUCGUGUUCGGAACUGUUUUAUGUUGGGCUGUGUUGUGAGUCGAUUAAACUAUUUAACAUACUUUAAUGGAUUGAAAACACUGCAUAUUUGUGUAUAAUAGAUAGUUCCACAAUAUUCAUAACAAGAAUUCGUUUUCCUUCUGAAGGUUGGUUUUAAUUCCAAUUGAUCGGGAAUGUCCAAUUAAAAGCAUAGCUGUAUAAGUGUUAAAUUGAUGCGAAAAGAAUGCCAACAACGAUUAUUGUUGUGUGAGUGUUGAACUUGCUCCUGGUUGCUGAGCUUUUAAUGUUGGCGACUUGUGUACGAAGAGAAUAAAACGGAAAAAGGUGAAAAAUACACGAUUCGUUUCCACAGCAUACAAGUGAAUGCACUUGUGUGGAAAAAAUUGUUUCAAUCUGAAGUGUUCAACAUCGAAACAAAAGCUUUAUUUUACCGUGAUGAAUGGUAAGGUGAAAAAAGCAAAAAGUGAAUUUUUAUAUUAAAACGGAAUAUCCAGUUCCAGUUGCAGGACUAGUUUGGCAGUGAGAUAUAGUUUGUUCAUGCAUUUUGAAUUAGUGUGUUGAUUAAACGAUGCAUUUUUGACCGACAGCCUGCAUGAUUAAAGAAUAUGUGGAUAUACUACUUAAUAUCGUUUGCUGCAUAAACACUGAUUUAUUAUAGUGAGGAAUUGCGUGAUGAUGGCUUGACGUUUUUUUGUUCACUCAAAAUGAAGCUUCCAGAAACUCGCGCAGCAACUUUGGCGUUGAUUGUUGUUCAAGUAAUAUUCCCUUUGUGGCGAUGCGUUAGCGGAUACAUGGUAAUCGUUGGUGAAAAUGAUGAACCAGGCAAAAUAGUGUUCAACGCGUCUGUGUACAAACUCGGCUCCGAGAGACAUUACAAGAUAAAUGCUCACAAGUCAGCCCACUUCGUUCAUCAUUUACUGAAGGUCGAUCCACACAGUGGACAAAUCUUGCUAAGAAAAUCUAUGAAAUGUGACGGUAUUUAUUACCCCAAUUUAUUCACGUUUUAUGUGGAUUCUACCUCCAAUAGACUUCGAAGUAUAGAUUAUUACAGUUUGCCAUUGCGCAUAUUCAUUGCUGGUUCAAACUGCACAGAUGAUAAGGUGUCAGAAGCUUUUAGAAAGCUGUUUGAAGAAGAUGAUACCGGCUAUAACCGAAGACGGAAGCGAACGAUAGAAGAAACUGAUGUAAGAAUGUAUGGCCAAUACACAGGUAACAACCUUCAUGAUUACCACACCGAAUAUCCCUGGCUUAAGCUUUCAGUGACAAAUUACACUACUUUCCAAGAAGGUGAUAUCCUUUUUGAUAUCUACGAGAAAAAUCAAGUUCGCCAUGAAAUACUGGCAAGAAAAAAACGAGGAUUAAUUGAACCGGUAGAACAACGCAUGCAUCGAAAAAUCAACGAUGCUAAGCAGUGGAUCUCUGAAACAUUCGCCUCGUAUGCCAUCCACACAACAGAUAAAUGGGACAAGAUAUGUCUCAAAAAGUCCCAAUACAUCAAUUCGAUUAACUCGUUUCUACCAAAAACGGUUUUACAAUAUUGUUCCGUGAAAUAUCUAGAUGUUAAUGAUGGUCGAUUCAAAAUCGAGACAUUCUCUGGCGAUUUAGUAGCUGCUGAUGAUCUGUGUAUUUUAGAAACGCUUUGGAAAGUGUCCAUCACUUAUAACGUAAAAUGUGAUCGUAAGGAUAUUAUUGAUGCUGAUCAUCGAUUAAAAAUAGUAUAUCAUCAUCAUGAACUUAACGACACAGACAUAGCAAAGCGCGUUAAACGAGAACUUAGAAAUCAAAGUCCAUACUUUGAACAGGCCUUAUACGUAGCAUCGGUACAAGAGGAGCAAGGUCCAGGAGCAACGAUCACCACUGUUCGUGCACGUGAUCCUGAGGAUUCUCCUGUGGUUUACUCAAUGGUGUCAUUAUUGGAUUCCAGAUCGCAGUCGAUGUUCAAAGUAGACGCAAGAACAGGUAUUAUUACAACUGCAGCCAGUCUGGAUCGUGAAUUGAUGGACGUUCAUUACUUUCGAGUAAUUGCUACUGAUGACAGUUUUCCACCGCGAUCCGGCACAACAACUCUCCAAGUGAAUGUGUUAGAUUGUAACGACCACACUCCAACAUUUGAGUCUGAGGAGUUUCAUGCAAGUAUUCGAGAAGGUACAAGUGUCGGAUCGACCGUUAUCACCAUUCGGGCUACUGAUCAGGAUAUUGGAAAAAAUGCAGAAAUCGAGUAUGCUAUAUCAAGUAUAAGUGGUGAGGGUGCUACGACUGCCGAACAAGACGAGCAAGCAUUUCGAAUAGAUGCACGCAGUGGAACAAUAUCUACACGCAGUGCGUUAGAUCGCGAAACUUCUGACAUAUAUACAAUCAUUAUCACCGCUACCGAUAUGGCCACCCCACAAAUGGAACGAAGAUCUGCGACGGCAACGGUGUUGGUCAAAGUUUUGGACGAUAAUGAUAACUACCCACAGUUCACUGAAAGAACGUACACUGUGCAAGUAAAUGAGGACCAAUGGACAAACGAGAAUAAUGUUAUUGCACAUAUCCAAGCUAUAGACAACGACCAAGGAAAUAACGCUGCUAUUAGGUAUGCCAUAAUUGGCGGCAAUACACAGUCCCAGUUCUCGAUCGAUUCAAUGAGUGGAGAUGUGUCUCUCGUUAAACCAUUAGACUACGAGAGUGUUCGAAGUUAUCGAUUAGUGAUUCGAGCACAAGAUGGAGGAAGUCCAUCGCGCAGCAACACCACCCAACUAUUGGUUAACGUUCUGGAUGCGAAUGAUAAUGCCCCUCGAUUUUACACGUCACAGUUCCAGGAAGCAGUUUUGGAGAGCGUUCCUGUUGGGUACAAUAUCGUCAGAGUACAAGCCUACGAUUCGGAUGAGGGAGCCAACUCUGAAAUUUCGUAUAGUAUUCGUGAUAGAGAAGAUAAUUUACCAUUGGCGGUAGACUCCAGGACUGGAUGGAUUCAUACUAUCAAGUCAUUAGAUCGUGAGGAACAAAGUCGAUACAGUUUUCAGGUAGUUGCCAUCGAUGGUGGAAUACCACCAAAAUCUGCAAGUACAUCAGUUGUUGUAACAAUUCAAGACGUGAACGAUAACGAUCCCUCGUUCAGUCCAAAAUAUUAUGAAGCAACUAUCGCAGAAGAUCAGCCACCUGGUACUCCUGUAGCUACAGUUACCGCCACCGACCCGGAUGAAGAUUCACGAUUACAUUACGAAAUUACAGCCGGCAAUACUAGAGGUCGUUUUUCCAUCACAUCACAAAAUGGUCGUGGUUUAAUAACGAUUGCUCAACCUUUGGAUUACAAACAAGAAAGAAGAUUUGCAUUAACUGUUACUGCCACUGACAGUGGUCAACGAACUGAUACAGCUAUCGUGAAUAUUAAUGUAACCGAUGCUAACAAUUUCGCACCAGUAUUUGAGAAUGCCCCAUACACAGCAUCGAUUUUCGAAGAUGCACCUAUUGGUACUACGGUUCUGGUUGUUUUUGCUACGGAUAGCGAUGUCGGUAUUAAUGCUCAAAUAACAUAUUUGCUGAACGAUGAAUCCGUCAAUGGACUUGGGAAUUAUGAACCGUUCAGCAUUAACCCACAAACUGGUGCUAUUGUUACCAAUGCUCCCAUUGACAGAGAAACGACCAGUGGAUAUCUGUUAACAGUAACUGCUAAAGAUGGUGGUAACCCGUCACUCAGCGAUACGACGGAUGUAGAAAUUAGUAUUACAGAUGUCAACGAUAAUGCACCGCAAUUCAAAGUUCCACUAUAUCAAGCGACAAUACCAGAGGAUGCUUUAAUAGGUACAUCAGUUGUUCAGAUUGCUGCCACUGACAUUGAUAUGGGGUUAAAUGGUCGGGUGAAGUAUACACUCAGUCCUAAAGAUCUAGAGGAUGGCUCGUUUAUUGUUGAUCCGGUUUCUGGCGUUAUUAGAACUAACAAAGGUCUUGAUCGCGAAAGCAUUUCUAUUUAUCAUCUUAUAGCAGUAGCCACGGACAAAGGGACACCAAUGCUUAGCAGUUCAGUUGAAGUACAAAUACGAUUAGAUGAUGUAAAUGACUCACCUCCGACGUUUCCUUCAGAUAAAAUUACUAUGUAUGUGCCGGAAAAUAGUCCGGUCGGAUCGGUAGUAGGAGAGAUUCACGCACACGAUCCGGAUGAGGGAGUGAACGCAAUAGUUCAUUAUUCGAUUAUCGGUGGUGAUGAUUCAAACUCAUUUUCCCUAGUUACAAGACCUGGUUCAGAAAGGGCACAACUUUUAACUAUGACUGAGCUCGAUUAUGAAUCGAUCAAAAAACGUUUUGAAUUGGUGAUACGUGCUGCCAGUCCACCAUUGAGAAAUGAUGUACAUGUGGAGAUUCUUGUAACCGACGUAAAUGAUAACGCCCCCAUUCUUCGAGACUUUCAAGUGAUAUUCAACAACUUUAGAGACUGUUUUCCAAGUGGAGUGAUUGGCAGAAUACCAGCAUUUGAUGCCGAUGUAACAGACAAAUUAACGUAUCGCAUUUUAUCAGGAAAUAAUGCGAAUUUAGUCAAACUAAACAGCUCAAGUGGUGGUCUAACGUUAAGCCCACAAUUAAAUACGAACGUUCCGAAAUUCGCUACAAUGGAAGUUUCCGUGACAGAUGGUAUUAACGAAGCGAAAGCCAUUAUGCAAUUGAUUGUUCGACUAGUAACAGAAGAUAUGUUAUUCAAUUCAGUCACCGUGCGCCUAGACGAGAUGACCGAGGGUGCUUUCCUAUCGCCAUUGUUGAACUUCUUUCUCGACGGCCUGGCGGCCAUCAUUCCAUGUCCUAAGGAAAACAUAUAUAUUUUCUCGAUACAAGAUGAUACCGAUGUAAAUUCCAGAAUACUCAAUGUAAGUUUCUCAGCACGUCGCCCGGAUGUAGCGUUUGAAGAGUACUACACACCAAAAUAUCUUCAAGAAAGAGUAUACCUAAACCGUGCAAUUUUGGCGCGGCUAGCUACAGUACAAGUGUUACCAUUUGAUGAUAAUCUGUGUGUUCGAGAGCCUUGCUUAAACUAUGAACAAUGCUUGUCAGUACUGAAAUUUGGUAACGCAUCCGGUUUUAUUCACAGUGACACGGUGCUCUUCCGGCCAAUCUAUCCCGUAAACACAUUUGCAUGUAAAUGUCCUGAAGGUUUCACAGGCAGUAAAGAACACUAUUUGUGUGAUACUGAAGUGGACUUAUGCUAUUCCGAUCCUUGCCAAAAUGGUGGCAGUUGUAUGCGUAGGGAAGGAGGUUAUACAUGCGUCUGUACUGAACCAUUUACCGGUGUUAAUUGUGAAACGGAAAUAAGAAAUUUGAAACCAUGCGUUGCUGAUACGUGCAGUGAUGGAUAUAGUUGCCUAACUCACACAUUAAACACCCCACAUAGUCCAUCAUAUACGAGAACGUGUGAAUUAAUUUCAAGGUCAUUCUCUAGAAACACAUUCCUCACGUUCCCUAGUUUAAAACAGAGACAUCGGUUCAACAUAAAGCUGAGUUUAGCGACGGUUCGCGAUAAUGGAUUGAUUCUUUAUAAUGGAAGAUACAAUGAACAGCACGAUUUCGUUGCAUUAGAAAUCAUCAACGGGCGUAUUAUGUUUUCAAUUUCCCUAGGUGAUAAAAUUGGAUCGGUCUUGGUAGAUCAAAAUAAAAGAUUAUCCGACGGAAGUUGGCAUACAAUAGAAGUAAAUUAUUUUAAUCGUUCCGUGAUGUUAUCGGUUGAUAAUUGCGAUACUGCACUGGCAUUAGCCAAUCUUGGUCAACGGUGGAAUUGUGCUAACCAAACAACGAUUUUGUUGGAUCGAAAAUGUGCUUCUUUAACCGAAUCAUGUCAUAGAUUUCUAGAUCUUACAGGACCUUUACAAAUAGGUGGACUGCCGAAACUUCCUGCUAAUUUCCAGAUUCAGUCACAUGAUUUUAUUGGCUGUAUUUCGGAUCUUUACAUUGACCAUAAAUACAUUGAUUUAAAUUCAUUCAUUGCCGAUAAUGGAACUGUCUCAGGCUGCCCUCAAAAAUCAGCUACUUGUGCAUCUGAACCAUGCUUCAAUGGAGGCACUUGUCGAGAAGGAUGGGGCGAAGGCUGGGAAUGCGAAUGUCCGGAUGGAUUCACAGGAAAUUCCUGCCAGGAAUCAGUUGCUUUGCCGUGGCGUUUCAAUGGAGAUGGAAUAUUAAGUUUCAAUCCCUUGCUGCGACCUAUUCAGAUACCGUGGUUAACGGCUCUGUCCAUAAAAACCAGGCAAAAGGAUGCUUUUCUAAUGCAAGUACAAGUGGGCCAAAAUAGUUCUGCAAUAGUUUCUUUACGCGAUGGUAUUUUGUACUACACCUACGAUUCUGAGCCUAUGUUCUUGGCAGGAACAAAUCUUGCAGACGGAACGUGGCACCGAAUAGAAAUAAAAUGGCUUGGCACAGAAGUCUCACUUUCAGUAGACUAUGGUCAGCGAACAGGAGUACUACCAAUGAUGCAGAAAAUACAAGGCAUGUACGUAGGACGCAUCGUGAUUGGCGGAUCUGAAAGCAGUGGAACCACUUAUGGCAACUACGGAUAUUUUGAAGGUUGUAUACAGGAUAUUCGUGUCGGGCAUAGUCAAUCUGUAUUGAAUCGACCAACCAUACGGGAGAACGUAAUGGAUGGUUGCACUUCGAAUGCCAAAUGUCCGAAUAGUUGUCCAGAACAUUCCACCUGUGUUACUAGCUGGGAUGAGGCUCAUUGUGAAUGUACCCAUGGAUAUGUAGGAACGGAUUGUUUACCAGUAUGCACAGCAAAACCAUGUGCGGAUAACGGUUACUGUAGGGCUGACAUAUCGACUGAAAAAGGAUAUCGAUGCGAAUGCAACAGUACUACGAGUUUUGGUGAAUACUGUGAAGUUAUUACUCAACAGCCAUGUCCUGCUGGGUGGUGGGGUGAACGAGGGUGUGGGCCAUGCAAGUGUAAUCUGAAGCAAGGUUAUCAUCCUGAUUGCAAUAAGUUAACCGGUCAGUGUUACUGCCGAGAAAAUCAUUAUCAAUUAAUAAAUGACACAACCUGUUUGCCAUGUGAAUGCUAUGCAAUUGGAUCGUAUGGAAAAGCUUGUAACAGUUCCGGACAAUGUGAAUGUCGUGAAGGAGUCAUUGGGCGACGAUGUGAUUCAUGUUCCAAUCCGUAUGCUGAGGUAACAUUGAAUGGAUGUGAAGUGGUUUAUGAUGCUUGUCCGAAGUCAUUCUCGGCAGGAUUAUGGUGGCCUAGGACGGCUUUUGGUGAGAUUGCGAUUGAAAACUGUCCUCUACCAGCAAGAGGAAAGGGUACACGUAAAUGUGAUCUGAUUCAGGGCGGCUGGGGUCAACCUAAUAUGUUCAACUGUACGUCCGAGCAGUUUCUGGAUCUCCGCAAGCAAUUAUCCCAAAUAGAAAGCGAAGGCUUAGAACUGAAUACUUUUGUAUCCGUCAAACUUGCAGCUACCUUGCAGCGUGCUUGUAAAAGUGUUGGACGUGCUGGGGACAACCGUAAAGAAUCAAAUCUAGUGAAGAAUAUGUACAUUUUAGAAUCAUCUUUGACCUCCAAGACCGCACUGUGGCAGACAGAUGAUCUCGAAUUCGAUUAUUUAAGUGAUUUGCAAAAUCACAAACAAGAUAGGCUGUAUGGUGCUGAUCUUUUGAUAGCUGAACGGCUGUUACACGAACUGAUUAACUAUGAAACACGGCAAAAUGGUUUGAAUCUGUCUCAUAGUCAAGACAAACAUUACAUAAAAAACUUGAUAGAAUGUGCUGGAACAAUACUGGACCCUCGAUAUCACCAAGAAUGGAAACGUUUGUCUGAACUAACCCAGCGUGGACCAAAUGACUUGGUGGAGGCCUUUAGUAGAUAUAUGAUUGUGCUGGGGCAUUCGCAACAUGAUACCUAUACUAAUCCGUUUGAGAUUGUCCAUGAGAACAUGGCUUUUGGUCUUGAUAUUGUUACGGCCGAAUCGCUGUUUGGAUACGAACCACUGUUGUUAUCCGGAUUUCCCAAGCAAAACAAUAAAUCCAAUUUAUUCACAACAGAAAGCGUAAUUCUACCGGACACCAGUUCGUUCCUGAUGCAUUCGAACAAACAUAAGUACCCACAGAUCUCAUUUCCGAAAUACAACAAUUACAUCCAAGAUAAAAGCAAAUUUGAUCGACACAGUAAGAUUAUCGUUUCACUCGACAUGCUGGGCAUUUCGCAACCGGAGAAAAACGAGGUGACAAAUUUUAUUAGUGAUUAUCGUGCUAUCAUAUGUUAUGCACAAUACAAAGAUGUUGGAACAAUAUUUCCUGGAAAUUUCGACGAAACUAUUACUCGGCGAUGGGGUGUUGAUGUGCAAAUCGCUAGUCCAGUGAUCUCCCUAGCAAUUCUUAUACCAAGUAGCGGCAAAAAGAAUGAUGACAAACCAACACCAGAGCGUUUGAAACCUGCAGACAAAACGAAUAAAAAAGAUUUCGAAAUAUCUACGGCUCCAUUACACGAGCAUGCUAGCGAAAAGCAAUCUAAUGAAAUCAAAAUUUCUAUUCAUGACAUGAGUGAACAUGGUAACCUUGAAAACAUAGAAGAUCAUCAGCAGGUUGUGAUGAGGUUUGAUGAAAACCCAAUUAAAGCAUUCAGUUUACCAGACACAGUAAUUCUGACACCUGCUGUUAAGAACGGUGUCACAUAUGGUUUGGAAGAAGAAUCGUACACCAAAGUAAAGAAACGUAGUGUAAUUCAAAAAUUUGCGUUGGAUCCGGAUAUUGAGGACAAUCAGCAUACCCAAAUAGAAUACAAACCAAUAGGCACUCCACACCUUCCACAGCCAAUUAAGCUACAAAUGUGGCUACAUAUUCCCAGAAACUGGUUCGGUCCUCGUUCAAACCCGCAAUGUGUUCGAUGGAAUUCCCACGUUAAUCUCUGGACCAGAUUGGGAUGCCAAACAGAGAUUCCUGAUUACGACAUGCUCUCUUCAAACGACACUAUUCUUAUAAAUUGCACAUGCAGUCAAAUAUCUAGUUAUGCCGUUCUAGUCGAUGUUAUCGACCCUGAAGAUAUUCCCGAACCUUCACUACUGGUGCAGAUCACAUCUUAUUCUGCUUUCAUGUUGUCGUUGCCAGUACUUUUUGCGGUAAUACUGUCACUGGUGCUACUCCGUGGACUUCAGACUAAUUCCAACACGAUCCAUCAGAAUUUGCUGCUCUGUAUUUUUAUGGCUGAGUUGCUUUUUUUCCUGGGGAUUCAGGCGCGAAGGGAGCUGAUUGAUAAUGAGUUUUCAUGCAAACUGGUAGCGAUUGCAUUACACUACGCUUGGUUGGCUGCGUUUGCAUGGACCACAGUCGAUUGCGUACAUUUGUAUCGAAUGCUGACCGAAAUGCGUGAUAUUAAUCAUGGUCCAAUGGGUUUCUACUACACCUUAGGAUAUGGAGCUCCAGCCUUGCUGGUAGGCCUUUCUGUAGGUGUUCGUGUUCACGAAUAUGGAAAUAACGUAUUUUGUUGGCUCUCGGUGUAUGAAUCGGUGAUUUGGUGGCUGGUAGGGCCAAUUGUAGCAAUGUCAAUCGUAGACCUUCUCAUAUUAUUCGUGUCUGUAAAAGCUGCGUUUACUAUAAAAGAUCAUGUAUUGGGAUUUGGAAACCUGCGAACAUUGCUAUGGCUUUCAGUAGUUUCACUUCCUUUGAUGGGGAUAAUGUGGGUGUUGGCGGUUUUAGCAGCUUCAGAUAGUUCACAAUUGUUGAAAAUAUUGCUCUCCGCGACGGUUAUAGUUCAUGCCUUUUUCUCGGUUAUUGGAUAUUGCAUCAUAAAUAAACGCGUUCGUGAAAAUCUGCAUCGAUCAUUUUUGAGAUGUAUGGGCCGGAAAGUACCUCUACUAGAUUCAUCAUUGGCAGUAAGCAGCAGCUCGCAGAACAUAGGCCAAACUCCAAAAACACCUGGAUUUUCAAGUCAAUAUGAUACGUCACGGCGUAACAUAGGAAUAAGUACGUCCAGUACUACUUCUAGAAGUACAGCAAAGACUAGUUCGAGCCCGUAUAGAAGUGACGGACAAUUUCGACACACUUCCACGUCAACGUCGAACUACAAUUCGAAUAGUGACGGAGUACCUUCCUAUAUGCGCGGUUAUGAUGGCGGCGGAAUGCGAAAGAUUGCAGAGGGAAAUGAUAGCUCGCCGCAUUAUAGGAAAGGAAAGCGCCAUAAAAGAGAUUCCGAUUCGGGAAGUGAAACCGAUGGCCGUAGUCUGGAACUAGCCUCGAGUCAUUCGAGUGACGACGAAGAGUCUCGUGUCGGUCGGAAUAGCAGUACUCACCGUAGUACUGGUGUAUGCUCGACAUCGUAUUUGCCUAACAUAACAGAGCACGUUGCAACGACACCGCCUGAAUUGCAUGUUGUACAAAGCCCACAGCUUUUUCCAAACGUGAAUGCGACUCGGUGGUCAAGCCAGGUUCCAGAAUCAUAUUUGCCUGGACCAAACGUUGGUCGUUGGUCGCAAGAGACAGGGUCGGAUAAUGAAAUACAUCCACAUAAUUCUGGAAUUCCAAAUUCUCUGCCCAGUCCAGAUAUCACUGAUACUUCGUAUUUACAUCAGAACCGAAAAAAUAUGCCGCCUUCUUUACUCGAGAAUAUACAAGAAAAUUAUACAUAUUCUAACCAGGACUUGCGAAGCGAUAAGUAUAGCAAUCACGAUAGUGACAAAUAUACAGGUGGAUAUAGGGACUACGAAGGAAAUCAUCAACGUAAUACUUUACCGUACAUGUCCAGUGGGUUGAACCACCUUUCUGGUUCAACACAAGUUAUCAACCACAUGCGAUCAUAUAAUCACGAAAAUUCAUAUGUUCUCAAAGAUACGGUUUAUGACAGGUCCAGAACAUUAGGUUACAAGACAGAAUCUCCAAAUAUGUCCAAGGAGCGUAUAGCUCCUGAUUUGUAUAGUCCGCGCAUGGAUAACCACGGUUCAUUCAAGUCUAGUGUUCAAUCAUUGCUCAAGAACGAUUACCAGCGUCAUAAGCAAGGAACUGAUUCAGAUCGUAUGUCAGAGGGUUCGGAUAAAAAUCCAUACAAUUUUCCUUAUACGGCUGAAGAAGAUCACUCAAGUCACUCUGUGGUAAGACCAACCGAUGUGCCUAGCUCAGGAAAUCAUCGACUAAAUCUGGGUGCUUCCAUUCAGCCAAUGGCUCCAUUGACCAAUAUUAACGAUAAUACCGAAUGGUGUUGGGACCGGUUGAAAAGUCUUGACUAGAUACAGAUAAUGUAUUAAUAACAAAAAUUGGGCAGCGGGAAACAAGAUGACGAAGAAACGACUGUGUAGUACACAACACCGACUCCAUGAAAUGAAACAUCAAUUGUACAAAAUGGUACUCUGUAUUCUCAGGAUUAGUAUUUCGCGGAAAUUCUACAUACUCCUAAGUUACAACUAGAGAAUAGCAUUUAUAUUUUCCAUGUGGAAUAUAUUAACUAAUGGUUUGUUCAAUGUAAAUAUACCUUAGCUGUUUAUAUUAAGCAACAAAAAGCGACUACUAUUUAAAGAUCUUGAGCAAAACUGCCAACGAGCAUUUGUAUUUUUUUUUGUUUUUAGCGCGAGUAAUUAUUUAUUUCUACAUCGUAAACAGUUAAUUUAUGAUAGUGAAUUUUCGAUCAAAUGUCGUCAAAGUAGAAGUCUGACGUAUGUAGGAGACUGCAUCAUGUAACUUAGGCUGUGAACAAUUUGGUGAAAUUUUUAACUUUUAGUUAAAAUCGAAGUGUCAGAAAGUUAUUUGCAAAAUAACCCUGCUCUGGAGCAUGGUUAAAAUUGACAGAGCGAUGGUUAAAUUUGACAGCUCGAUGGUUAAAAUUUUGCCGAUGAUGCAAAACAAAAAGGUGGAAACAUUUUCUGUACCUAAUUGAGGUUGUCAAUAUUUUUCAAUACAAAAAUAAAAGAUAAAGAUGGAAACGAUAACGUGUUGUGUUAAGAUUUGUUUGAGUUAUUUCAUGAUGUGGAUGUUUACUUUUCGAGGCUAUGACUGUCAUACUUAAUGUAAUAAGCGCAAGCUACCUUCGUGUCGAAGAUUCUGCUGGCUGAAUAUGAUGAUCCGGAGCUACGCAAAUCAACCUCUACGCGCCUACCGGUUCUCUUCGCCCUCGAGACCUGCUGCAUUCUGAAAUGCGCAGCACUAACUACGCUACCAAUAGUCCAAUAUUAGCAAUGCGUCGUCGCUUCAACGAGUUUGCUGAAAUUUUUGACUUCGUCAUGAACUCUUCGCAGUUUCGUCGUCGUGUAUUGUCAAUAUUUUAAUUAUGUUUAGUUUACCUUAAUUUAGUAUAGUUCAUUAUGACAAAUUGUCAGUUGGACUUUUUUUUAUACAAAUACAAAUAAGAAAAAACUAAUUUUAAAAUAUCGACAAAUGUUCACACCUCUACCAACUUGUGGUCAUCGCAGCUGUCAAUUCUAAAUAACUCUGAAUAAUGUUUAGUUUACCUUAAUUUAGUAUAGUUCAUUAUGACAAAUUGUCAGUUGGAUUUUUUUUUAUACAAAUAUAAAUACAAAUAAGAAAAAAACUAAUUUUAAAAUAUCGACAAAUGUUCACACCUCUACCAACUUGUGGUCAUCGCAGCUGUCAAUUCUAAACAACUAUCUAUAUGGCAAUUUUUGAAAUGGUUCGCUCUCUCGGUUAAAUUGUUCAAGAGAAAAUAACUUUCGAACUGUCAAAUUUUAAUUAAAGGUUAAAAAAAAUCGCCAAAUGGUUCACAACCUUAAUAAUUUUAAAGAACACGCUUUUCAAAAAUCGAGUUAACGGAACAUCUGAACCAUAUGCCUUAAUGUAGUUGGAAUAACACAUUUGUCUUUUGCUUGACAUUAAGUAAAACAUAUUGUUUGUUGAAGCUUGAUAGCUUUCCCGUGUUUUUUUAUUUGUCGUCGAGACCACCCUUGAUACACCCUCUUUCAUUUUUCUUAGAUUUUAUAAAAAGUACAUUAAGAAACAAAAAAAUAUGAACAUUAUUUGCCACCGGUCCUAUUUCUAUUAGCAUGUACUAGACCUACUUACUAUUACAUGUAGCACAUUUUCAGCCCAAUUUUCGAAAAAAUGAAGGAAACAACAAAUGUUCAUAAAUUAAGAUUAUGAAAAAUAUAGGAAAAUAAGGGUUAGGUCUGUCGGUAAAAGUUGACGAGUGGAUCAAAAGCGAACAAUAAAAAAACGACAUUGUUUAGCAUUAAGCAAGUGCCUAACAUCGUGUUGGAUUGACCGAGUUUGAGCGCUCAUUUUUAUUGACCAUUCAAAUUAACCAAAACACAAUUUCACAAAAAGCACUCCAGCGAACCUCGGGUAAACUAUACACUGAUUUGAUAAUUUAUGUAUAAUAUAUUUAUUCGAUUUUUGAAAGACAGAAUUUUUAUCAGAUACUCGAAUAAUCUGUACUAGAACAUUAUUGGAGUGGAACGAUUAUAAACUGGGCUACUGGUGCCAUAAUCUCCCAGUAUGCCAAUUUAACAUAGGUAGUUCAUUUUCAAAAUUUUAGUUUUAGUAAUCUACGCAAAAUUAUGAGAUACUGUGUAAACCGGAAUUGGAUGGAAAUACAUCAAAGCGAUGUAGUAAAUGGUGUGAGUAUCAAAGUGUGUUUAUUUAUUUUUACAGAACCUGAGCACUCCCACAAAACAAAAAAAACGACCACGAAUAGAAAUUAGAAAUAAGAGUAUGCAUUUCGACUGUAAAAUAAUAGUGAGAUUAAAUAGAUUUAAUGACGUGGAAUUGCUGUAUGAUAGAAAAGUACUGUAACAAGCUUAAAGUACACAGUGUAAGAUUUUGAUAGGUAUAGAUAGCAAAGAGUAAGCAAGUGAGAGGCACUGAAAUGAUCGCCAUGGAAUAUAAACGCAUCUAACUUCUCUGCAUGCAUCAAAUGGAAUUUAGGAAAAGGUGCAAGGCUACCCGUAAUAAAUAUAUAUAUGUAACUUGUGAA